AGGAUUCCGCAUUAGGUCCUGGAAAGCUGCGCAGCUCUUAACCACAGCUCUUGUUGUGAGCAGUUAUUUUUCUCUUUUCUGCAUUUUCUAAUGAAUUUGCCCUCAACGCAGUCACAUUUGAAUGACAGAGACUAAAAACCACUUCCUGGGGAGUCACGGACACACUUGCGAGAAAGAAAUGGAGAACUGAUUUACAUCAAGCUGCACUCCAUUACUCCUCCUCACUGGAUCAAACUGGCAGCGAUGCAGCUUGGUCAUCCAGUCACCAUCAGCACUUCUCUCCAAAUCCCUCCCCAACCUCAGAGUCUGAUAUUCAGGAGCCGACACCCAUUCCUGCUAGACUCCAUCCAGCCCGUGUUGGUCAGGGCUAUCAUCAAUCCAAAACGGGGGAUGGAGGAACCUCUCCAGCCGCAGACUCCACAAAGCCCCAGUAACUGCAGCUCAUCAGGACCUGGUGGGAAAUCCUGCUGGAGUUUAGACCUGAGGGUGGCUAUUCUUCUGCUUACUCUGGCAGGAGCAGUAAUCCUCCUGCUGCUGUACAGACUGUUACAGCUAAGACACAGGCUGAGGAUGGCCAGAGCGAGGCAUGCUUUGGAGUACACCAGCUUCUACCACAGUGGCACCUACACACUCAAACACCCCACACCUUGUCAGGAGCUGCCAGAGAAGAGCAGGGCAGUACCUGAAGACACUGCACCACUCCAAACCAUAACCUCAGUGACACCUGCUGUCAUCACCCCAGUGCCACCUCCAUCGCCACCCUCACCGGCACCCCCUCCACUGCCACUCCCCCCACCUCCUGUCCUACCACGUCCACCUCUUCACCCUCAAGUUUCUCUCCCUCCGACACCCCCUGUCCUGUCACUCCCUCUUCCCGUGCCUGUCAUCCACACCACCCCGCCCAGCCCUCACCUGUCAUGGGGUGCCUGCUCAGAUGCAGAUGUUUAUUCUCGGAUUGGGACUUUCAGACCAUCCAGGCUUUCCAACCUCUCCAACCAGUCGACGGUCAUCCUGUUUGAACACUCAUCUGUUUGAACUCUCACAGAAUGUGUGUGAUCUCCUCAAGGAGUCUGUGACUGUGAAGGGAUUACAAGAUGUUUCCUGUACUCUAUGUUUGUGUGUGUAAUAUACAGCAAAAUAUAAGAGGUUAACAUUUCAAAACUUUAAAACAUGAAGUUUGCACUUUGUCAGCCACUGAAGGGCUUUAUUUACAAAAAAAAAGAAAGAAAAAAGCAGAAGCAAUAAAAUUGCAAUUUAAUUAAAAA